UCUACAAUGAUUUCCUCUUCCGUCGAAUCCGGCAAGAACACAUCUCAUGGGAUCGAGGAAAUUUCUUAUCUAUUACAGAAUACCAACAUUUCGCCGACCAAUAUGGAAUCCCGUUCUGUGGAGGAGCUGAAGGCUCGCGUGGCGGUCCGUUUCCUCGUGAAGAAGUCGAAACGGUUCGAUUUAUUGAAGCAACAGUUGCAACGCAAGCUGCAACAGACCCGAAAGGCGUACAAAACCGAGCCAACGCCGGAAUGUUUGCUUUACUUGGGCUUGGAACCGAAAACAGUGAAAACACUGCACCGAGAAGAGCAGAAACAUGAAAAUUGUACGGAUUUUCCGUUCCUGAAGCCGAGGGUCUACGAAUGCGGUUACUGCACGAAGAUAUUCUUCCACAAAGCCCUUCACAGACGGCAUAUGAUCCAUCACCUGAAGAAAAUUCACUGGUGCAUGAAGUGCAGCCGGGGAUUCACCUCGAAAAUAUCGAAAAGAAGGCACGAGCUGGCCUGCCGGCGUUGAACUCUUUUAAGGGAAAUAUUUU